AUGCCUAAACAAUUCACUUACAGCGAACUUUCGGAAAAAUAUAAUGGUAAAGAUAAUAAACCCCUUUAUUUUGUCAUCAAUGGCAAAGUCGUCGACGCAACGAAAUUUAAAGAUGAGCAUCCUGGGGGAGAAGAAGUUCUUAUAGGAGAAGGUGGUAUGGAUGCCACGGAUUCUUUUGAAUCCAUAGGACACUCGGAUGAAGCUCGUGAAAUUUUACAAUCUCUUGUAAUUGGUGAAGCGGUGGGGGAACCCCUUUCAUCAAAACCCGAAUCACCCCUUCCAAAAUCUGAACCAUCCCCAUCCCCAUUACCAUCAUUAGAAGGUGGAUCACUAAG